AUGUCGUCGUGUCGAGUGGCGGCGUGUGUGGCCGCUCUUGCAGCAGUCUCCUGCGCUCUGCCUCCAGCUGUCUUCACGCUCGAUCUGAACAAGCUCUACGGACACCAUUCUAAGAGAUCCGCUAAGAGGCCGCCAGUAGAGGAGACAGCAUCAUUCCUACAGUCUCUCCUGGCGUCGCACGGCCCCAACUAUUUGGAGAAACUGUUCGGUAGUAAGGCGAGAGACGCGCUAGAACCACUCGGCGGUGUCGAAAAGGUCGCCAUUGCUUUGUCAGAAUCUCAAACCAUCGAGGACUUCGGCGCUGCCCUCCACCUGAUGCGUUCUGAUCUGGAGCACCUGCGCUCGGUGUUCAUGGCGGUGGAAAACGGCGACAUCGGAAUGCUUAAGUCUCUCGGCAUCAAGGACUCCGAGCUUGGCGACGUCAAGUUCUUCCUCGAGAAGCUGGUCAACACCGGCUUCCUCGACUGA